UCCAGUUGCCUUUUUCCGUCGCUCCACCCAUCAUCUCCCCUUUGUUCUCUCUGGCGUUCCAGAUUCGAUCGUAAACGAGCCACCAUGUAUUCAACCAAUACAAACAAGAUGAUGCUCGACAAGGCGAAGCAGGAGCCAAAAACGAUGGUGUGGUGGGACAUCAACAGCUGUCCGGUUCCCGAUGGUUAUGAUGCUUCUAUGGUCGCUCAGUCUAUAGAAUCGGCCUUGAAGAAGGCAGGCUACACUGGUCCUCUCACCAUCACUGCUAUUGGCAACCUAAAACACACCUUAAAACGAACCCCUGGUGUUCUUCCGGCGAUCUCUUCCUCUGGAAUCCUUCUUAAACACGUUCCCGACGGUUUCAGAGACAUUUUUGAGGAAGUUAUUGUGUGGAAGAGGGAAAAUCCACCUCCGGCUACCAUAAUGUUCAUAACCGGAGAUGUUAAGGAAGUGAAACGCUUAUCUUAUGCUCUUUCCAAUGUAGAAAGGCAUGGGUACACCCUUCUUCAGGCAUUUCAUCAAUCAGCUUCCGACCUCAUAAACAACUCUGAAGAGUCUACAACCACGCCCCUGCUCUUAUCUAAAAAGUGUAUUUGGGAGAAGUUACUGAAAGACGCAAUAGAUUCAGGGGUGACAAGAAGACAGGAGUUUGAGAAGAAGUUCUUUGAAACGGGUGAAUCUCCGUGCAGGUUUUUUUGCACACUAUGCAAUUUCUACGGCCAAAGGUUUGAAGAUUUCACUACGCAUCUCAAGGGUAAAGAUCAUAUAGUGCGUGAGCUGGACCUGGUGUCACGGCCUCUACCCAAGAGGAAGCUGGUGAAGCGGAUCUUUACUGUUUCUAAAUACAUUAACAAGCAAACAAAGGAUUUGAAUGGGUGGAUUGAAGAAGACCGAAUGAGCCUCUAG